AUGAAGCGAAAUGGCGUCUAUAUAAGCUCGACAACUAGCUCGGAGAUCACAUUCCCAAUUCGACUAUCGAACAGAACAUUCUUCUUCGCAUUUGGAAGUACUUCGAGUUCGAAAGUUCUUCACGUUUGGAAGCGCUUCGCGAUUGAAAGCGUCCUUAUACAUCUUCACCACACUUGGAGCAAUUCUUCUUCGCAUUUGGAAGCACUUCGAGUUCGAAAGUUCUUCACGUUUGGAAGCGCUUCGCGAUUGAAAGCGUCCUUAUACAUCUUCACCACACUUGGAGCAAUCGUGCCUUAUAACAAAACGAUGGGAGAGUGCCCGCUUGGAUACAAUAGCUUGCACAUCAGAAGACAAUCUCGUGACAAUUUACCACCGAAUUACGUUAUGGUGAGCUUUAUUUGCCCAUGUGGUCAAUUCAUCUCGGAAUUUGGCCUGCAUCGCUACCUUUUAUACCAUCUGACGGGAAGGACGGGGCGAAGACCAGGCAACCCUCGAACACGUCCAUAUCUCCAGUUGCUCAGCAGCUUGCAAGCAGAAGCAAUUCAGAGGUUUCCCAGGAAUACGAAUGAAGAUGAAGAAGAAGAAGAAGAAGAAGAAGAAUACUCUCCUGAUCGCUAAACUAAUUAGACUUGGGGACUACUUUAUAUGGGAACUACU